CAUUAGCACGUCAAACCCGUGGCUGUAGAUGUCUGAAGCAUUUAAGAUGGGUUUGUCAUGGGUAGAUAAAGAAUGAUAUUUGAAUUAGUUAUGGCUAAAAACAAGGCUAAUUACUCACAUCUGUGGCAAUUGUCUUUUACAGAAAGAAAAAAAUCCUCGAGCGAUGAUAAUCUAUUCUGAGCGGAAGCGGCGAGUCAUUGGCUGACGAAGGCCCUGGGGCCUGCGAUUGGCGUGCCAUGUUUACGCGGUUCCAGAGGCUGAUGUGCAGUGGUCAUUACGACUAGAAGCCAUAUACGAGGUGUAAAGCUAGUCUUUUGAAGUUUUGUUGGAAAUAUGAUGUAAAAUGAGUUCAAAUUUUAUGGACAGCGUCCUUGGGAGCAAGUACUCAGCUGAUCCCGGGCCAGCAGGGUCGUCAGCUUUGGCCGGCUAUGGGCAUACACAACACAGAAUGUACCCCUACGUUUCCCUCUCCCCACAGUCCUCGGUGCCAGUAAAUGGAAAUUUAUAUUAUACUUCUAAUGCCGAUAUUGCUAAGUCAUGUCGUUACUCCAACACCCAGAACAAUCCCAUGGAUACUGCCGUUGCAAGUUAUCCCUUCAACUUACAAAACUGUGCAGCAGCUGCCGCAGCUGUGGCUGUUUCAGGGGGGGCCGCAGCGGCUUCAACAAUGAUGGCUCCGACUCAAUUUUUCCCGCACCCCGCAAACCAUAACCUCGCUUCACCGUUAUCAUCGUGUUCUCAACUUGGUAUGCGACCCGAUCCGAUUCCAGAUAUCCAUCGCUAUCCUUGGAUGUCGCUAGCUGGUUAUUUUCCGAUCAACCUUCUAACACAGAAUCAAAUACCAUUACAAGAACAAGACGAUGAGCAAGGUCCAAACGGAUGUCCACGUCGUAGAGGCCGUCAGACCUAUACCCGAUUUCAGACUUUAGAACUUGAAAAGGAGUUCCACUUCAACCACUACCUGACUAGACGACGAAGAAUAGAGAUUGCACACGCUCUUUGUCUUACGGAACGGCAAAUCAAGAUCUGGUUCCAGAACCGGAGGAUGAAGCUGAAGAAGGAGAUCCGGGCUGUCAAGGAAAUUAACGAGCAGGCGAGGUUGGAGGGAAAAUUAAAACAGCGAGACGAUUCCCAGAAAUCUGAAGACGAGCAGCCACAGAAGAAGAAUGAAGACACGGAGAAGAAGGAAGCUAACAAAGCCGAUGCACUGCUGUCAACCCAGCAGAGCACUACCAGACAGAAGCCGGGUACAAAUGCCACAAGCUCUUCCCUCGUAAAUGGAGAUUCGGACUCAGAAUUCUCGAGUCCAUAAUGUUGUACAUUCUACCCAUACACCAGAUUAGGGAAGCGGAAAUUUUAAAUUCUUUAGAUAUUCUUGUAAAUGCCAUAUGUUCAAUUGUAUAUUUUUGUUAUUAGAAACGCCACAAUGAUCCUGUGCAAACGUCUUUCUUACAAUUGUACAACUCAGUGUUCUAUAUUGAUUUUGUUAUUCCCGUAUAAGGGGGUUUUUUUUGUUUGUUUUGUUUCGGUGCAAGCUUUCAUAUUGUUAUCGCAAUAUUUAUCAUUAGAUUAUAGGGAAAAAGGAAAGCAACUUGAAUAUAGACAUCUUAAAUGGGAUAUAUGUGCGUGUGUGCGCGCGCGCGCGCACGAGAGAGAGAGAGAUUUUGGUUGCAAAUGUAAGGUGGUGCUUGAACAACAAAAUACGUAAUUUAGGGUAAAACUUAUUAUUUCAUCUUGAAAUUAUUUCAACUAGCACUGAAGAAUUUUGUUUGCAAAUACCUGAUCAUCGGGUGCGCAACACAUUAAUGAUGUUCUCACAGUAACCUUUUUAUCAUAACUGUGUUUUUUGUUGUUGUUGUUGUUGUUGUUUUUUAAAGAAUCCUGUCUACGUUUAAUCAACUGAGAUUGGCGCGUUCAAAUUAAUGGUAGAUUACCUGAAUGUUUAAAAGUUGUGUUUUAAAUGACUGGAACACGAGAAAAAAAAGGAGAGUAAAGUUGAUUAAUUUUGAUCGAAGUUCCAUUUUGAAACGUUGCUGAUCAGUAUAGCUUCACUUAAAGAUACUUUUUGGAAGUAAGGAAGUGGCAAUAACGUUUCCUAAAUUUGAGCAGUUUCCUGUUGCUCCAACAAGAAAUCGUAUCCAUGGAUGUAUGUUCUUGAGAUGUCUGUUUAUUGUGUUGUGGCAAUCCCUUCGUAUAACCUACAGUAUCGUAGAUUAGAGGAAUAAUGUCGUGAUCAGAUUAUCUGAUUAUCGUACUUUGGAGUUGAAUCGUCUGGGAUCUCGUAUUUCUUAAUCUCUUUGUGUUUGUAGAAUUAGACGCAGAAAUAAUCAUUCUGUGAAGUAAACCAGGUCAGUGUGUAAGUUAAGUAACAACCGAUGGGACAAGAUACAACUGCUUUAUCCACUGAAAUUGCGCAUGAAAUAUUAUGUGACCCAUUAUUUUAUACAAGCCAGUUGUUAAUUGUUAGUAGCAGAUUUAAUAUGUUUGCUCAGACAUAGGAUACGAAGUUUUAUUCUUUUUUUUUUUAACAGAAACACAAGUGCAAAAACUCAAAAUUGUAUUUAAUAUUUAGGGUUAAAUAUUUCAUUUAAUAUUGUACAUAGAAAGCAUUAUUAACGAUUCUAUACGAUUAACAAAAAAAUAAUACAUAACAAUAAAUUAUAGUUUUGUUCACCAUUAGUUAGUAAUUAUUUCUUUCAGUCUUCGUUAUUCUAGACUAUAGAUAUAUUUACAGAAUUAUCUGACUUGUUGUGUUUACUGGGUCUGGAAGCGUCUGUGGUGGUAAUUCUGAUGUUAUUAUUAAGAAGUAUUAAACAGAAACUGUUGACCGUUUCUUAACUUCUUUCUUUUUCAUUACCUCUUUACUUUUUACUUUUUUUUUUUUGGAGUUCAGAGUUUUACCGGGUCAAUUAAUUUGACUAAUGAUUUGGUUGACAAAAUACUGCCUGAUUAUCAGUAUUCCAACGUUUCUGCAGAAAUGAAUGCGUUUCAAAAUAAUUCUCUGAUGCCCUUUCUAAUAGAACUGCCGCUUUAGAAAAUUCUAGCAAAAUACACUUCUUCUGAAAUGUUGAGAAAGUAAUAUUUUUUAAAUAGGUCUCAAUUUAAUUAUCAGUAAGUACAGAGGCAGCUAAAAUUUGUGACUUUGCUUUUUGUGAACUGUUUACUGUGUUAGAACUCCUGGAAAUCAAAGUCCAGUCAAUAGGUUCAUGAAAUUGGAGGUAUUUGGUGUUAAUAAAAUCCUUGGAGGUA